UGAGCCUGAGCCUGAGCAUUCUUCCAGACUGGCUUUCUUGGUGGAGGGUGACUGGUGCAACUGCUUCCUCAGGCCCUUCGUUUGUUUCUGCAUGAGUUCACGUUCCCUUGACAGGCUUCACUUCAAAGUAAGGCAAGCAUUUUAAAAACCAAAAUCAAAUGAGUGUUAUGUUUGAGAAUAGGAAUAGUGCUCUCUUCGGUGCCUAACGAAACCCAUGUCUUGCUGGCUGUAAGAUUCCUUGUUAAACAAAGCUGAAUUCAGUGCUAGGUGCAUCUAUUUCUUUGCUCGGGCUUUGACGAUCCGUCACGGGAAGCAUCCUGGUGCCCCAGUAAGCAGCUUUUUCUCUCCCCAGCCCUAAUCCGCAAGGACUGCAGCAACGGUGAAGAUUUUUCAUCUGGGCAAUGCAAAGGGGCUUAGGGCCUGAUCCUUCUCCUUCCUCUGUGGUGAAACUCCUUUCUCUCCCCGUGAAAUCCCGAGAGAGCUCCGGGAUGCAUUUCUUUUGGAGGCAGCCAAUCUCAGAGCUCAGUCCAGAUCAUGUUUGAGGAGAAACCGCAGCAACUGCCAGCCGUGAGCAUAACCCAGGUGACGUGCGCAGCCCGGACGGAUUGCAGCAUGAUGCUGCAGUGCCACCUCUCGGCCGAGGCGCUGCAGUUCCCCGUCUCGGUCACCCAGCAGUCUCCUGCCGCCGUGUCCAUGGACACCUACCACGUCACCCUGGCUGUGCUGCAGGCCCAGCUGGAGAUCCGCCUGGAGGAGCUCCAGGACGAGGGGCUGCUAGUCUCCUGGGCCUUCAAAGACCGGCCAGCCCUGAACCUCACGGUUGCCCCAAAGCUGCAGCUACGUGAGGAGAACGACGGGAGAGUGGACCUGUCCACCAUCCGCGACCUGAUUGAGGACUCCGUCGUCGGCACUCAGCCAGCCAUGGUGGUGAACCUCAAGGCCUGUGCAGCAGGGGGCGCUGUGCUGCCGUGUGGCCGGCUGUCCCGGGGAGCCCCCUCCAGCCCGUCACCCCCCGCGGGGCCCAGGCUGCUGCUCCAGCGCUUGCGGGCCACCCACCUGGGUGGGGAGGAGCCUCCAGGAAGGGGGCAGCUCUGCUGCCUGGCGGAGCUGGAGAGCCCCCCACAGCAGAGGCGGACGAGGCCCGUGGCCGCCCCCAGUUCCGGCCCCGUAUCCGAGGUGGAGUGGACUGACCAACUCAUCUUGGAGCUGGGCCCCGGGAGCAAGGAGCUGAAGCUGAGCGUGCUUGGGAGCAGCGGCGCUGGCGAGGACGUGCUCCUCGGAUUUGCCACCAUCCCGCUGGACUCCCUCUCCAAAGAGCCGCGGGGACAGCAGCUCUACCCACUGAGCCCCGGGACACUCCAGAAGUUGCCCUCCGGAGCAGCCGUCGCAGUGGAGCUGGUCCGCCAGGAGGCGCUGGCGCUCCAGGCGGCGCCCGUGCUGCGUGCCAGCAUCACCCCCACCAAGAAGGUCGAGAUGGACCGCACUAUCAUGCCCGACGGGACCAUCGUCACCACCGUCACCACCAUCCAGUCCAGGCCCAAAGUGGACUGCAAGCUCGACUCGCCCUCGAGGUCUCCGUCCAAGGUGGAGGUGACAGAGAAGGUGACCACGAUGCUCCCGGAGAACAGCUGCGCGAGCGACAUGUCCCCGAGCUGCAGCAGCUGGGGCAGCCGUGUGUCCAAUGGCUUGGACCCAGUUGCCGAGACGGCGAUCAGGCAGCUGACGGAUCUGACCAACAAGCCCGCCAAGAAGACCCCAACCAAGCGCAGCACGCUGAUCAUCUCCGGGGUCUCCAAGGUGCCCAUUGCCCAAGACGAGAUGGCCCUUUCCCUGGGCUAUGCAGCCUCCCUGGAGCCCAUGUUCCACGAGGACUCCCUCGCGGCCGGCUUCUCCGAGUACGCGCAGAGCCUGACGGACCCCGGGCAGCAGCUGGAAGCCUCCUGCGUGGCCCGGAGGGCAAGCCAGGAGCUGGACGACACAACCCACUCGGACAUCUCAGAGCGGCCGUCGGUGGACGAUGUGGAGUCUGAGACCGGCUCCACAGGCGCUCUGGAGACACGGAGCCUGAAGGAUCACAAAGUGAACUUUCUUCGAAGUGGCACGAAACUCAUCUUCCGGAGGAAGAACAAGCAGAAGGAAGCCGGCCUCAGCCAGUCGCACGAUGACCUGCCCAAUGCCGGCACGAGCUCCACCACCAGGAAGAAGUCUGGGAGCUUCUCGCGGCGCCUCAUCAAGCGCUUCUCCUUUAAGUCCAGGUCCAAGACGAAGGCCAACGGGAGCACGCUGGCUGUGGACAAGCACUGAGCAGCCGGCCGCUGACCGCGUUCUCCAAAGCCCCCUUGCCGACGCUUCCCCAACUCCGUGUCUGCAGCACGAUCCCGGUUCCUCCUCCCUCCCAAGCAACGGGAGCGACAGCCUCCGCCCUGGUCGGUGUUCGGUAUCUGACGCUUUUGCCCAGCGGCCGCGGGUGAAACAGUUCACAUGCCGUGGCCAUGUGUCGCCGAUCCACACCCCGUCUUGGGGUGGGGGAAGGAAGUGGACCCAUGUGCCACCUGCAGCCUGCACUUGGACUCCUGGGUGUGCAUGGAGGAGAAGACACGCCCGGUGGCCUAAGGACACCCCGUUCUGUGCACGCACCCGCGCGUGUAAGGCACUGCUGAGGGGCAGCAGCGCGCUCACCCACCAGCCGGCUUGCUUACUGGCUUUUGCUGGUUCUGCCACAGUUCUCGGUGCCCACGGGCUUCACGAGAGUGCCCAGGCGUUGGUGGCUUCCUCUCGGGGCGUCUGCCACGCUUGCCCUCCCAACGCAGAAGCGCCCCGCCACCUCCCGCCUGGCCCACUCCAGCGAACGAUAUGAAGGGACACGGCCAGGUGCUAUUUUGCAGGGCAAGAGCAUCGAGCCAGCCGCUGACUUCUCUGCGAAGAAAUAGUCCUCCUCCUGGUUCUGCGAUUCUCUAACGGAUGUUUCUUAAAGAGAAGGAAUGUUGCUGAUCUGCCCUGUGUCAGGGCACGGACGAGAAAAGACGGUGCCAUGUGAUGCCGGAGCCUCCAGCCACUCUGCACGUGGCGAGAAAGAGCCUCCAGCAGAACGGAGUGGCCAGUGCGAAGAGCCGCUUUCGGAACACAAGGCCUCGAGGAGCCGCCCUCUCCAUGGAGCCGAACUGCACUGUGUAAAUUGAGCUGGGCCCCUCGGGGGCUUUCCACAGGGACUGCGCUUGAUGGGGCCGGGGGGGGGGGGCAAUCCUGCUGAGGCUGGGCUGGUACCUCCCUGCAGGUUAGGUUAAGGGAUGGAGCGAAAGUGGUAUGGGGGUGGAGAAAGGCCACCCACAGUAAAGGAACUUGGGCCGUCCAAAAAGUUGAUACUCAGGUGUUGCAACGGCUGUGGAAGGUGUCCAGCUAAGACCAAAUGUCUUUUCCCCGGAAGCAGGGCCUGCCCACUCAGCGGGGCCAGUGCACAGUGCAGACCAGAGCAGUCCACCCGUGGUGGGGCUGAGGCUCGUCUGAAGGCGGCCGAGGUGGGGCCCGGCCCUUGGCAGUCUCCAGCCCCGCCUCUGCUGAAGCACCACCAGCCCGGCCUCCUUUCCUUGGACUUCCCUGGUCUCCAGGCCAGGAUGCCUGCUGAAAGCUCAGCCACACCUGUGGCUACAGUGCGGGCAGGCGUACCUGGAGAAACGGCCCUGUGCCGCCAAGCCUGGCCUCUUGCUCCAUCCUUGCGACAGGCCGAGGGCAGCCCUGCGUCCCUCUCGGGCUGGUCCUCCUUUCACGAGGUCCAUCCUGAAGGGUCCACCCCCCAGGUGAUGUUGGACGAAUCCCUGCCCUGGGGCGCCCCACAGAGCAGCUCUGGGCAGUGACAGCUGCCCGGCAGCCUCCGAGACCUGGGCUUUGGUUCCCCUGCAGCGAGCAUCCGCCCUGGCCGCAGUGCUGGCACCUGCAAGUGGGGGAGCCACCCGCCUCAGCCUGCCCUGCUGCAGCCGCCCGCCCCAGAGCUGAGCUCCCCUGCACCUGGCGCUCCGUCUGGCAGAAGCCGUGGCCACGGAGAAGGCGAGGGCCCUUUCCUCGAGUCGCCUCGUGUCAGCCGGGAAGAUGCUCCCUGGGGUGGGAGGUGCUGUGUGCUGGGGCCCCGUCCAUGCUGAAGCGGGGAAGACUGGCUGGACGGCCCCUCGCCACCCCGCCACACGCGUCCUCCUCCCCUCACCCACCACCCACCCACCUCCUUAAUGUGAACCAGCCCCGUUCGGAUACUGCAGAUUUGUUGCUUUGCCAAUUUGUCCUUUUUGCCGUGAAGGGCCACCCGUCCUGGAGUCCUUACCUGUUUACAGUUGAUUGGAGCACCUGGUCUCUACUCCUUGGCCUCUUUUGCAUCUCUGUGUGGGAAAUAAACAGGACAGCAUUGUGGGAUCAUGGCCUUGAAAAAUGGCUCCGGCUAUAUAUUCCUGUAUGGCUUGCUGCUUCGGUUGCAUAAACUCUGCUCUGUGAAAACUGCUGUUCUGCCUGAACAAUGGAUUGGCACAGGGAGGGGGCCUGAUGCUGGUGGGCGGGCCUCACUUUGGGCCAACGGCCUGGAAAGACCUGAGAAGGGAGGCGACCUGGUGCCCCCCGGCCACCAAGAGGAACUGCAGCUUACGGUGGCUGUAGCCAGCGGGAGCAGGGACUGCCGGAGUGGCAUCCAGGUUCUAGGUGGCUGCCCCGGAUGCUGGCCUCUGGGGCGGCCUCUGGGCUACCGAGAGUGCGGCACAGCUCUGGAUGGUCUCCUUCCACCUCUGCUUUGGAAAGGCCCUGGUACUGCUUCAAAGGAACUCGAGGCUCCUGGAAGCUGUCUCUCUGAAAUAGACUUUGUGGGAGGCUUCAGAGAGAGCUCUUCUGCGAUGGAAACAGGUAUGAAUGUGGUGGUGCUGAGCACCAGUUCAAGAGCCUGGCCGCUCUUUCCCUGUGAGCCGCUGCCGUCCUCGGCCCGACACCUGUGUGUCCUGAAUUCUCCACGGCAGGCUGAGUGCAGCGCCACGGGCUGCUGGACCCGGGGAGCGACCCAGGCGGCUGGGAGGGGCUCACACCCCUUUGCACACGGCAGUGGCUUGGGCUAUGGACGGGGCGCCGGUUAAGGGCAGGAGGGAGUGGCCCGGACGCAGCUGCCUCUGCUCGGGCCCCGCUCCUCCCCCUGCCGGCGGGAGUCCCUCUUCCCUGGGAGCUGCUGCUGAGCCACCUUCCCUCGCUGCCUGCUUGGUGCGAGGAUGAACAGGCCGUUUCUGCAUGGCCACCCCAGCCGCCCGCGAAGAUGUGGCAGCAAGAGCAGAGCUGCAGGAAAGCUGGGCUGCCUGGCCUCUCCACCCCCACCCCCACCCCACCCCCAUUCUUGGCUGCCACCAGCUCCCCUGUAUGUGGGCUGGACCAAGCCCCCCAAAUGGAGCCCGGGCCAGCACCCUGCUUGCGUGGGCUCUUCUGCACCCGAGGCCUUUUCUGUGGGUGGAUUAUUUUAACCCCCCGACGGUUUAGAUUAAAAGGAAUAGGAACCAUGUAGAUAUUUAAAGGACAAGAUUUAAUCAUUUAUUUAAAGAUGAUUGUGAAAUUCUGCACCUUUGUAUAUGUUGGAACAGUUCACUGCUGUGUGAUGGCCUGGACUUUAACUUAUUAAACUGAAUUGGAGCAA